AGCGAGAAAGCGAGAGAGGAAAAGCGAGAGCGCCGCGAAAAGGAAACGGCAAGGGCGUACGGUCGCGGCCCCGAGAGCGCUGCCUCGCUCGCCUUCGUCGGUCUUCGGCCGAAGCUGCGGCGAGGAGCCGAAGGUUCGUCCCGCAGAGUGAAUCGAGUUGAUCAGCGUCGGCUCGAGCAUGUCGUCGCUGGGUAAAGAGCUGGUGCUUCUGAUACUUCAGUUCUUGAACGAUGAGAACUUGAAAGAGACUGCUCACAGAUUAGAGGAAGAAUCUGGCUGCUUCUUCAAUAUGAAUUAUUUUGAGGAUGUUGUGACCAAUGGGGAGUUGGAUGAGGUCGAGAAGUAUCUUUCCGGGUUUACAAAGUUUGAUGACAAUAGAUACUCGACAAAGAUUUUCUUUGAGAUUAGGAAGCAGAAAUAUCUCGAAGCAUUGGACAGAUGCGAUGAUGCUAAAGCUGCAGAAAUUCUUCGUAAGGACCUCAAAAUGUUUUCCACUUACAAUGAAGAACUUUUCAAGGAAAUGACGAUGCUUAUGUCCUUAAAUAACUUUAGGGAGAUUGAACAGUUAUCAAAGUACGUGGAUUCUAAGAGUGCGAGGGCCGUAAUGCUAACUGAAAUUAAAAGGUUGCUUGGGGCAAAUCCACUCUUUCGUGAUAAGCUACAGUUUCCUUGCUCAAAAAACUCCAGGCUGAGGGGACUUAUAAAUCAGAGUCUAAAUUGGCAGCACCAGAUGUGCAAGUAUCCCAGGCCUGACCCUGAGAUAAAGACCCUCUUUGUCGAUCAUUCUUGUGGGACAUCAAAUGGAGCUCCAGCUCUACCUCCUGUAAUGAAUCCUUUGUUGAGUUGCACUCCUAAAAUUGGUGGAUUCUCAGCGCCUUUCCGGUUCUUCCAGCUAGCGCCAGCACCAGCAGCUCCGAUGGCAUCUCUGGCAGGAUGGCUGGCUAAUCCGUCCCUGACACCGCAACCAACAGCCUCUGGCUGUCCCAUUGUAGUACCUGCUCCCAGGCCUGCAGCACCUGUGAAUAAACGCCUUAGAACGCCUCCUUACAGCCCAGCAACAGAUGACGUGCACAUUAUCAAGAGAACCAGACCUAUUGAGAUAUCAGACGAGUUGCAGGUUAACCAUCCAGCUGUGCUGCAUUCUUCUGAUGAUUUGCCAAAGACUGUCGUUUGCAAUUUGAAUCAGGGAUCUGCUGUCAAGAGCAUGGAUUUUCAUCCAGUACAACAAACCCUACUUCUUGUUGGAACAAACAUUGGUGAUAUCAGAAUCUGGGAGAUUGUCAGCAGGGAAAUGCUUCAUUUGCGGAAUUUUAAGGUCUGGGACCUUGGAGCAUGUUCAGUGAAUUUGCAAGCAUCCUUGGCCAGUGAAUAUACCGCAUCAGUGAACAGAAUCGUCUGGAGUCCUGAUGGAGAUCUCUUUGGUGUUGCAUAUUCGAAGCACAUAGUGCAAAUAUACUCCUAUCAUGGUGGCAACAUACAGAACCACCUGGAGAUGGAUGCUCAUGUUGGUAACGUCAGCGAUCUUGCUUUUUCACAAUUAAAAGAGCAACUGUUCCUUGUCACUUGUGGUGAAGACAGGACAGUAAAGGUGUGGAGUGCUAUUACCGGCAAUAGACAAUACACUUUUGAAGGUCAUGAAUCACCUGUUUACUCGGUGUGCCCCCAUCACAGGAACAAUGUUCAGUUCAUCUUUUCAGCAACAGUUAAUGGGAGAAUUAAGGUAUGGUUGUACGAUAACCUGGGUCCUAGACUUGAUGUUGAUGCUCCUGGCCGUUCUCGCACAAAAAUAAUGUACUCUGCUGAUGGGACAAGGGUUUUUUCAUGUGGGACUAACAAGGAAGGGGAAUCUUACCUUGUUGAGUGGAUUGAAAGCGAGGGGGCCAUUAAACGAACUUAUCAUGGCCUAGGAAAGUGUUCGGUCGGGGUUGUCCAAUUUGAUACAGCUAAGAACCGAUUCUUAGCUGCUGGUGAUGAAUUUCUGAUUAAAAUUUGGGAUAUGGACAGUGAUAAUGUCUUGACAACUAUCAAUGCCGAGGGUGGUUUACCGGUAUCUCCUUGCAUAAAAUUUAAUAGAGAAGGUUUACUCUUGGCUGUCUCCACAAGUGAGAAUGCUGUCAAAGUACUUGCAAGUGAUAAAGUUGUGCACCUUCUUCAAUCCAAUGGAAGUCGUGUGCUGGAUGCGUCUAAAGUUUUUUAUGGGACCACAGCAAAGGGUCCUACAACGGGGUCUUUGGGUGCUUCCGGUUCAUCAGCUGGAACAAGCAUUCCCACCAGCAGUAGAAACUCCCCAGCACCUUCAAUAUUUGGAAUGAAUGGGGAUACCGAAAACUUUUCAGAUGUCAAAACAAGAACCAAUGGUGAAUUAGAGAAUUCUCAAGCCUGGAAGCUAAAGGAAUAUAAUGAACAGUCUCAGUUUCAGUCUUUACGGCUUCCAGAUAGGCUUCUGCCAACUAGAAUUGUCAGGAUGAUAUAUACAAGUUCAGGAGGUGCUAUACUUGCUUUAGCAUAUAAUGCCGUGCACAAACUUUGGAAAUGGCAACAGAAUGAGUUUAAUCUAUCAGGAAAGGCAACCUGUGCUGUCGAACCAAAAUUAUGGCAACCCUCCAGCGGAAUAAUCAUGACAAAUGAUAUAAGCGACAUAAUUGUUGGCGAUGCCAACCCCUACUUUGCCCUUUCAAAGAAUGAUUCUUAUCUACUGUCCACUUCGGGAGGGAAAAUUUCUCUUUUUAACAUGAUGACAUUUAAGACAAUGACGACUUUCAUGCCGCCACCCCCUGCAGCAACGUGCCUCGAGUUCCACCCUCGAGACAAUAACAUUGUAGCCAUAGGCAUGGAGGAUUCUUCCAUCCAAAUCUUCAAUGUCCGAGUUAAUGAGGUUGAAAGUAAGUUUAAAGGUCAUCAAAAGAGAGUAACUGGUCUUGCCUUUUCUGACAUUUUGAAUGUUCUUGUGUCGUCAGGAGCUGAUGCUCAGCUGUGUGUAUGGAGUACUGAUAAGUGGGAAAACCUGGCCAGUAAGUUCUUGCAAAUCCCAACUCGGCGUAUGUCCUCUACUCUCGCAAAGACGCGUGUGCUAUUUCACCAAGAUCUACGGCACUUCCUUGUUGUUCACGAGACUCAAAUAGCCAUAUAUGAAGCUCCAAAGUUGGAUUGUCAUAAGCAGUGGUUUCCUCUGGAGUCUGAUGCUCCAAUCACGGAUGCUAUGUAUUCGUGUGAUGGCAUGUCGAUCUACACAAGCUUCGAAGAUGGAAGCGUGGGCAUUUUUGCCUCCUCAAUGCUCCAAUUGAAGUGUCGGAUCAGCGCCACUGCUUAUCUGCCUUCUAAUUCCAGCUCCCUGGUAUAUCCAGUUGUCGUCGCUGCUCACCCUUCUGAACCUAACCAGUUUGCUCUGGGACUCACGAAUGGCGGGGUUAUUGUUCUGGAGCCUCCAGAAUCGGAGCGGGAAUGGGGCACGGCUCCUUCUGUUCCAAAUGGUUCGGGGCCAGAGCCCAUCCAGGUCUGAAUCACACAAACUGCCCAGGGGACGUUGCUCAUCUCUAAGUAAAUAGAGCAAAAGUAGCUGUAACGACGAUGCGGCGCUUGGUGUAUAGGAUUUCUAGAGGCUCACAAGGACUUCCCUCCGUGCAAAUCAUGGGUCGAGACUAAAAGGUACAGAUAUUGACAUAACAUAGAGACUUAGGAGAUGAAGAUUGGGAACUUUUAGUUUUAACUCACCAGGAGUAUAGCAAAAACAAAAGCUUCUACAAAUCUCAUCAUACAGUGGAGAUAUACAUAGUAACACCCGACGAGCAGAAUGUGAGUACAUUUUCCUCCUUGGUUCAUACCAAACCCUGUACAGGAAGAGGAUGCUGUUGGACUGUCCUUCAAGAAAGGAAAUUCUGUUAUCAACAGUUUAAAUUGCAUUCUGUCAUGUACCCUCUUUUUCUCUGCA